AAGGAGGGAAGGCGAGCUGUUCACCAAAUAACGAAAGAGGGAUUUAAAGUAGCACAACGAGGAUUACAGGAAUAUUUUGAUGCAGAGUUUAAUAGUAUGCGAACUGGUAUGUUUGGCUUAAAUGAUUACUACUGUUACAAGGUUGUUAUUACUAAAAAUGUUGUAUACAUAAAACAACCUUCUUCGAGUGCGGUUACGCAAGCUCGAUCGGAAACAUCGGAAAGCCAAGAUUACCAAAAAGUGCAAAAAGACCUCAACUAUAAAGAAACAUUUGAUGAUAAUGGAGAUAUUAUAACUGAUGGUACCAGUGAUGCCGAUGUGGAUGAUUUCGAUUUGGAAGAAGCUUUCGAAAGGUACUGCACCUCACAACUGACAAAGAUCAUUCCAGAAGUAACGUGGGAGAAAUUUAUCUUGGAUACGUAUCCUGAUUAUAAAAUAUCAGAAAAAUGGGAAGAAUCAAUACAAAGUUUCUUCAAGCCAAAAGACACUUUUGCCGAAUGGGAGAAAACUUGGCGCGGACUUUUUGACGAAAAAGAAAUAUUGAAGCUUUUAAAGCACCGUUUAACAUUAAAAUCCAGCGAUCUUGAAGAGAAACAAUACGGCGCACAAUUUGUAAUUCCCGUUUUAAAAAACACACUCAAAGCUGUUUGUGACGUGGAUUGGAAAGGUCUUGAUGUUCCAAUCAGAAGCAGUAAAUAUCGACGUAAUUAUAAUAUCAACCCAUUCAUCGAUAAAGUUUUAAGUGCAAAACGUGCGGACGGCCUGGCUCGCCUCUGGAGAAGCCAGGAAGAAAUAUUCAUAUAUGAACAGACAGGACCGCCGGAUGUUGAUGAUAUCACUGAUUUUUACAUCCACGAUUAUAAGUUGGUUCGAACUAUGCGUGAUGUCCUGAAUCAACGAAUAAUUCUUUGUCUCCACAACGGUAUAAAAGAUUACAAUAACUUGGCGAGUUUUGGGGCUCUGGGACAUCGCGAUGAAGUCUCUUUGCUUUGGUGCACGAUUUACCCAAAAUCAUAUUGCUUACGCGAACAUGGUUGUUUUCGUAUUCCCGCAAUAUGGCAAGAUCUUCCCGUUUUAUCCGAGGCAAUAAUAUCAUGCUUGAAAUAUUUUUUCUUCAUGAAAAACAGCAUAACGAAAAUUGAGCCACAUAUCGAACAAAAAUUGAAAUUACUUGCAAAGCGGAAGGUUCAUAUGAUAACGCCAAAUUCAUCAACACCUGAAAAAUCAAAAAAGCAAAAUAAUUGA